UUGAUUUUGAACGAAUCAAAAUGGAUGCUGGGUGUGAAUGAACUAUGUUCUGAAAAACGAACAGCCUUUUAUUGAAAUUGUGUCGUGGGCCCGAUAUUAAUCGGGAAUCCGGCGUUGUAGAUUUGUUUUUUAUUAAUCUAGCUAGUGAGAAAUGAUAUGUGCCAUCUGAAUAGUGUUUACUGAAAAAUAUUGGCUCAAUACAGAAGUCACCGUGUCGGUAAUGUGUUUAUACGAAAGUUUUGGACUGCUUUUUAUCCCGCAGGUGGCCUUAGGAUGAGGACUUUGGCGAAAAUAUCGAAUGUGAAUCAAAAUCUGCUAGUGUUUGAUAAACCACCGUUGAUCGUCAGUUCGACAUGGCGAAAGUGUACGGACUAAAGUGCUCGAUUGCUGCAUGAGCGAUCAGACAUGAAAUGCAUAUACAGGAAGGAACAAACACAACUCUGACAACAUGUUCCAAAAUGACAGAAGAAGUAGACAGAAGACAUGGCGUAAAUGGUAACAGUGGUGGAAAGGGAAGAGAGAGUGACGAUGGUGCAGUCCAGGGAUCUGCUGUCAACGCGACGGGAGGGCGGCUCAAAUUCUUUAAAGAUGGCAAAUUUAUCCUGGAGUUGGUACGAGGAUGCGCACGUGAGGGCGAGCGUGCUGGUUGGGUAUCCGUUCCGCGUAAGACGUUCUGGCCGCCCGCCGCCGCGCCCCCCACCCCGCCCGCCGCCGCCCCGCCUUCCGCAGCUCUCUCCGUCUCCGACGACAACAGCUCCGUGCAGUCCUCGCCCUGGCAGCGUGACCACUGCUGGAAGCAGGCGACCCCGCGCCGACACCUCUCCAAAGAGCUAGCCAUGUACUACUGUCGGCCUGCCACCCUGGCCAAUACCGCUAUCGACGUCGCCAGUCGCCGUAAGAGGAGGAGACCCUACGACACCUCACACCUCGACCUCGUCAACGGCGCGCGCCGCCCGCUCACCAACGGCGUCGACAAGCGGAACGGCGAUGCCGGAUCGCCCGAGAACAAACCCAAGAGCGAAGACGCGGUCGACGGCGUCCCGAAGACUAGAACCGACGACGAUCGGUGGGCCGACUAUGACAGAGAAAAAUAUUAUCAUAUGAAACUUAAGAAACCGUAUCAGUAUCGUAAGUUAAGAGUGUACAAGAAGACGAGGCCUGCAAUUAGACGCAAAGAGCUCACCCGGACGAUCGACAAGUUGCGCGAGAAGAUCGCGGCUCUGCCGGCGCCCGUGAACGCGAAGCUGGCCAGCUGCCGGCAGGAGCACAUGAUGGUGUCGCCGCGCAAGCGGAUCCUUCGCGAGCUGGAGCGCGUCAGCCUCGAGGACCACAGCGGCAAGCGGCGCGCCAAGACUGUGCCCGCGCUCAGCACCGCGGCCUACCCGGUGUCGCCCGGGCCCAGCCAGCCAAAGCCCGCGCACAACGGCGCUGCGCCGCGUCGCGACGCGCCUGUCUCCAAGAACGUCAGCAGCUACAGCAUCCACUCGCUGCUGAGCAUGCCGGACGAUAGCCCCACGCGGCCCGAGCCUGAGCCCAAGCGCUCGCCGCUGUCGUCGCUGAAGACGGAAUCGCCGGCCAGCGUGACGUCACCGGACCUGAGCCCUAGCCCGGACAGCUACCGAUACCGGUACGCGCCGGUGCGGGAGUCUCCUCCACCGGACCUGCGGUACCGGUACGCAGCGCCGGCGCGGUGGGCGGCGCCGUACCGGGAGUACGCGUACCCGUACCCGUACCUGCCGCCGCUGUACCGGGCGCCGGGCCCGCUGUGGCUGCACUACCCAGUGUCCCCGGUCCCGCCCGGACCCUGGGCUCCGCUCGCGCAUCCGCUCCUCACCAACCACAUACCUAAAGAUGAACCUACUUCAGAUUUGCCAUUGAAUUUGUCAAAGCACUGAAGGAGUGAGUCGGCACCGAGGUCGCGGGAGACUGAACGCAAAAACAAAGAUGGCGGUCAUGUGAAGCGCCGGCCGUUGUGGCGCGAGACGCUCACAAGACUGCUACCAAAUCUUCGACAUAGUGAACAAGUAAAGACGAUUAAACACUAGGGUAUAAGAAAGCUCCAUUAUCAUGAUAUUUACACACAUAUUUAGGAUAUGAGUACCAAUCGUCCUAUUGUAUUCGAACGCCCUAACAUUCCAAUGUAAACACUAAACAAUUGGCGCGUCAAGUCCAAAAACCACAUCCCACCUAACCCAAUGUUUAUAUCGUUGUAACGCGGUUAUUUUAUAAAAUAUACUACUAUAACGAAUGUUUUGCUCUCGCAGAAAAUAUUUUUGUAUAAAAUGCGAUUUUUCGACACGAGUAUUCGUCGGUAAAUCUAUUUACAAACUAAUGUAUAUUACACCGAAAUAUUAUAUUUUAGUAUAGAUGUAUGUACCUAACGCAGAGUCUUGUGUGUAUUUUCAUACGAAAUAUUUGUACUGCGAAUUAAAUAUUUUAAUAUUGGCUAUUACGUUAGGAUAAGAAACUAAGACAAAAAACAAACAAAUCAGUUAUCACUUGUUAACGAUCAGUGCCUUGAGACGAAUAAAGAUAUUAUGAACAUAUUUAUUUAUGAUGAACUGAAAAGAUUGCUAUCUGAUUCCUGGCUUCGUCCAAAACUAUUAAAUAGCUAUAUUACGUGUCUAUAUUGCUUGUGUUAUACUGCUAGUGAUUAAAUAUAAACUGCGUUUCAAUAAACUGAAUAUAAAAGGUAGGUUCUGUUCUUUAUUCAUUUGCAAAAUUCCAUAUUAUGUUCGAUCUCAUUAUUUAAUUUAGAAAAUAAAUCGAGAUAAAGACUACAGUUUUGGGAUCAAAUUUGGAUGUGUGUUAAAGUAACAUGUAUAUUAAAAUAGGAGACAUUGUAUAUAAUUGUGAAUGGUGUAUUAUUGUGGGAGGUCGGUCGUAGAUUUUAUCAGAGCAAUUAAUUCGCUUACGAUAUAUGAGUAAGAGUUUAUUACCUUCAAAUAAUUAUUGUAAUUGUACAGUAUUUUUGUAAUGAGUAUUUUAUGAAUUAGAGACGAGAAGUGUCUUUGUGGUAGGUAUAUGGUGGAGUGGAGGCAAUGCGCAAAGUGGGCUCGAGGUCCAAGAGUCGCGACUCGCUUCGGACAGGCUUUGAGAUUAAACCUAGAGGUAAUUUACUGCAAUUUUUAGUUGAAGUAUGGGGUUAUGUAUUAUAAGGACAGUUAAAUGAUGGUAAGGGACUGAUUUCUGAUGUAAUAUUAUCAUUAAUGGAAAUGUAUAAAAUAGUAAUUGAGGCCUACUGUAUCGACCGUCUGCCAACAAAGUUGACUUUAGUGUAAAGUAGCUGUAACAGAUACUGCUCAAUUCGGAGUACAGUUAGGUAACGACAAUAAUUCAAUGUUGUGGCGUCCCCGGGAGUGAACCUAUAUUUUGUAAUCGCCAUUGGCUUGUUUUAUCUCUGUAUUUUUCUUUAUUUAAUACAUUACUUGAUAUUCUGUACUACACAUAUUAUGCUAGAAAUACACUAUCGGAUACUGCUGAUAUGGGCGCGAACCGACGUACAUUGCGUACUUGUCAGCUUUUGGAAAUGGCAAUGUAUGUUGAAUUCGUGGCGUUUAGCGUAAUUUUCGCUGAUAUUGUAUUUCUAGCUUUAAUAAUGAUACGACUGCGAUGUUUUCAAUAGUUUUCGAGAUGAGUUCGGAAGUCGUAUUAUUUUUCUACAAAUACUUAAUCCAACUUUGUGCUCUGGGAGUGUGUGUAACAGAAACCAAGUCGUGUCUGUCAAAUGCACAGAUGGAACAGGCCUUUACAUUCCAGAAGCGUAUGCAUUUCAUCUGAUACAAAUCGUUCUGAUGUGAAUUGCUUACGCUUUAUAUAUGUAAUCAACGAUGUCGUUCUUUUCAUUAAUGCAAUUUUUAUACCUAAAUCUAUACCUUUCAAAUUUAUGUAUGUAUGUAUUUUCUUCCAAUAUAUAUAUAUAUAUUUAUUAUUUUUCUUAAACUAUCAUUUGCAGUUAUGGUUCUUGUGUACUUUUUUCUUAGAAGCUAUCAUGAUGCAUUUUUGUCUUCUGCUGCUCAUGUAUGACUAAUUAAUACGCAAUAGGCGUUAUAAUUAUAAUCGGCUCCCAAAUAGGGAAUAUAUAAAAUUUGCUUCCUAAAUAGACAAGGCAGUGAAUCAAAUAAUCUGAGUAAAAAUGGUACUACGUCUUUUGCAAAUGACUGUCGCCUAGAUUGUUAUAUCGUGCAUAAUAUAUUAGUGCCAUUUGAUUUACAUAAAUAAUAUACUUUUGAUAAUUGUAUUAAUAUAAAUAAAGUGCCAAUGUCAGAAUAUCGGAUUACCUGACAUUGCACUGCUAAAACUGCAAGAUAUUUGGGUAGCUUAAAUACUGUUAUCGCUAUAUAAAGUGUAAGGCCAAAUCUAUUCCUAUUUAUAAUAAUUUAUUAUUAACGUUGCUACAUGGAGGUUCCUCCCGACAACAGCGUUGUCUUACUGUUGUUAAGAAAUAAAUAUUUUUUUACGCAACCAUUACCACAAACUUUGAGUUUAGAGAUGUGAAGAAGUAGGUGUCUUAUUCAACUUAAAACAUAUUUAUCACGCGGAAAAAUAGUUAUUAUUAUCCAUUUAUAUUAAGGUGUAGUUAUGUACUCGAAUAAAUAUAACUUUUUCAAAA